UUCCUAAUGCAAGAGAUUGUAUAGGGCUAAUAAAGUGAUGUUAAAAAAAGGAGAAUUUUUCUGUAAAAUCAGAAAAUCCUGACUUUCCCUGCAACGAUGGGGAAAUGCACACAUUAAAAAAACAAAACUUGGAGAUUUCAAUGUUGUCCUAUAGGUCAAUAGCUUCUGUUGGUUGAGUUUUGUAUGCUUUAGUGAAUUUUGUACGAUAUAUGUAUAUGUACUGAAUUCAUGCUGCUGGCCAUACCUGUCAUCUAUUUUUAGACAUCCCUAUCUGCGUUCAUGAUAAAAUUACUUAUCACUUUAAAACCAGCUAGACCAAUCAAUCAUGUUGAGACAUUUUCAUUCAUCCUUAGAAGCACAGUCCCGCCGUUAGGCCCUUUCGAAUCUUGGCUCGUGCUCAGCACCGAAUCCUCCAUCACCUCUGCAGUGUGUUAGCUAAACUGGUGUGAGCGCUGUUCACUUCUCCAGUCACUCUUUUCAAAACUAGUACAGAUCUUCUGCAUCUCAGUCGGCAAAACGCGAGUCGAGGUUUCUCCCGAAGUGUAUCGCGUGUACUGUAUAUCAGAGCCUCUAUUUUAUCCCUCUAUCAUGUUCAUUAGGAUCUUGCCACACUACUGAAACGGAGUUUCUAACAAUCGUUCAGGAGGAAGGUUAGACCCUAACCCUGCAUGCUUACGUAUGUAAGCCUUGCACCCAGGUCUUCGCUCUGCAGAUCUCUUUCACGGCCCUCCUGCCUCCCCGUCUGCAUCCUUGCAGCAGCUCCCUGGCUCAUUCCUCACAAUAGUGAAGGGGGGGGAGGGUUGGGCAGCCUUAUCCCUGUGGCUGCUGGGCUGCCAUUCUCUCAGCUAGGCUAAUCAUGCCAAAUAUGCUCUACAUAUGUGAAUAGAAACAUUGCAUUACAUAUAUCGCUCAACGUACGUUGCAUUCAUUGGGAUCUAACCUAACCAUUGAAACCAGUUAUCCCACUGACCUGUUUUGACAGGCUCUGGCUUCUCCACGAUCCUGUAUUGUCUAAAGUGGUUGGAAUAUUGGUUGGAUUAAAGUUUAAUUAGAUGGCAUUAAGUAACCAAAGGUGAUUGCUGUGCAAACAGAGCUGUGCUCUUUGCAGAUGAUUAAGUAGCCAACCCCACUUCUCCAUUCUGGUGUACAAAGAGCAGAGUUUGGCCUGAGCAAAGCACAAAGAGCACCUCUGAUGAUGCCAGUGGAAAUGAAAAACACUUAACGCCAGCUGGAGAGUAACACUGGCUGCACACUAAAGCAUUGUCGGUUUUCAGUGGUAAGCAGAGCAGAUAAAAUACACAAGGUCAUGCAUCCUUUCCCUUGACCAUGAUGUUGGUUUAAGAGGCUUAGUUAUUGUCGCAUAAUGAGGAAAAGCACCAGUAGGAUUAUUAGGGAAUGAUGACUUUAUGUUUAUCACUUAAUAAUCUUUGUAUUAGUUAAUCUCAAAACAUUGGAAGCCCAUCACAUCUUCUAAAUUACUUGUUCAUUCCAAAAUUCCUUGGAAAAGGAUUUCUUUAGCUAUGGUAUUAAUCAGUUAAAUGAUAAAAUGCCUUUUAUUCACCGUUACCUAUAGUUACCUAUAGUUUUGAUGCAUUGCCUGAAAUGAAGCAAUUUGCACUGAACACAUUGUUUCUCUUUACUAGGAACAAUUUCUGUAAUUACCAUGGCUAUCAAAAGUAUUCACCCCUUCUUGGACUUUUUUACAUUUUAUUGUGAUUCUGUAUGGAAUUAUAAUGUAUUUAAUUGGGAGUUUUUGCCAUUGAAUGACAGAAAACACUUUAUAAUGAGUCAAAGUGAAAACAAAAUUCUACAGCUCCUCCAAAAUUAAUUAUAAAUAGAAAAUAACUGAUUGCAUAAGCAUUCAUCCCCUUUGAGUCAUUUGGUAGAGGCGCUUUUGGCAGAAAUGACAUCAUAUGUCUUCUUGGAUACAUUACCUAAUACUUAUGCAAUCACUUGUUUUGUUUUAGAUUUUUAAUUAAUUUAGGAGCAUCUGUAGAAUUGUGUUUUUGAUUCGACAUUAUAGAUUGUUUUGUGCUGAUCAAUGGCAAAAACUCCCAAAUAAAUACAUUAUGAUUGUACAUUAUAACAGUUCAAUGUGAAAAAGUCCCAGGGGGUGAAUACUUUUGAUAGCCACUGUAAAUGGGUCUUUCUGCAUUUCACUGUGUGCUUAUGUCAGCAAACUAAAGAUGGAAGUGAACAACCACGCUGCUAAGAAUUUACUACAAUUUAAAAAAGAGUAGAACUGCUGAAUUAAAGACAUGCAUGCACCUUCAAAUAGAAAAAUCAUAUUGCAGUUUUCAUGUUAUUUCCACUUAUGCUGUGCACAGAAAACAGGGAAAUUCUGCUCAAGACCACGUUCGUAUUUUCUCCUGACGAAAUUGCGACGUUGCUCAUUAGAAUCACGUCUGAUCUGCAGGAAUAUUUUCGAAGGCACCCUGGGAGUUUAUCAUGGUUUAUUCCAUGUUGAAAUUCCCUUGGGGAGGUGUGUUUGUGCCUGAAGUUUUGCUUCCCUCAAAACUGUCAUCAGUGUGUCAUCACUGCAGCAAACCACUACUGACGCUGUUACCUUGUCCAUGGUCUCCAUGGAAACAAACAGUAUAACAAGUCAUGCUCAGUAUGAGACACCAUGACUGGCUUGUCUGAUUUCCAGCUCUAUUCAUUAUUAACACUUCAGAACUCCCUGUUUUUUGUGCAUUGUGCUCAAAACCUUCCCAGCUCACACCUCCCAUCUCUCAAGGGUAAAACUUGGCCAGAUCUACCCUCCCUUGUCCUUUGACCCAAUCCUCCUGUAAUAAAGGUUGAUCUCUUCAGAGAUCAAGUCGAUCUCUUUCCAGGGUCUUUUGGAUCGGAGCUUAUCUGUCUUUUUAUCUGGCUGGGGGGGUUCUUCCCCUGUCAGUUUCUCGGGCUUUUGAAUGGAGUCAUGAUUCCUUCACUGAAUGAAAUUGCAUCAAAAUUGGAGAAAUUUACCAGCAGGUAGGUGAUAAAAGUACCGGCUACCAACAGCUACCAGAAGAAGCUUUUACUUUGGAAAAAAGUAUUGGAGUCCAGUGGUGUUGCAAAGGGAUCUUUAAACUUUUCUUUAAUUUUCCAUGCAGUUACAAUCUAAUCGGCCAUUCGGUUUUGCAAGAGAAAAGCCGAGCGCAAAAAAUUAGCAGUGAUGAUUCUUUGCUGAGAUGUUGAACAUGUCUCCCUGAUUUACAGUGGAAAAUCAGGUGAUUGAUGUGUGUGAACAUGAAAUUGUUUAAAAAUACCUUUGCAGUGGUCCUAAGCCAAGUGGAUUUUUAUGCAGGACAGUUAAUUCUUCAGUAAUAUCGAAAUCUGCAUGAAAAGGUGGAGUGGAAUGGCUUUAUGCUUGUGCUAGACUGAACCUAUAUCCAAAAUGAGUAGAUUGUAAAAAGUCACCUUUCAAAGCUCUGUUCUUCAGAAUCCUGUAUCUGUUUCAUUAUAUCCUUUUUUUUUUAAAUUUCUAACCAUUUCUUUAACAGACCAGAAAGAAACAGAUUAAAAUAAUCAUCGCUCUCCUCCCUUGGAACAGCACAAAGGAGUUUAGGGAUUACACCAUGAUUAUGGAGAAUGAAAUCUUUUCACCUACUGCUCUACGGCCCUGUAAGGCAGUAUUGCAUCACUGUUGCAGUGCAUUGUGGGAAGGUCACAACUGCUGCAGCAGUUAAAAACCAAAAGCAACAGAAGCAAAGGAAGAUCUGUUUUAAAAGUGUCAUGUUGGCUUGUGCUGUGUCUCACAUACUGUUUUCUUUCAGAUGAAGAAUCACUUGAGACCGGCUGGCUAUGGCAUCACGCGAAGUUCAGGGUGCAAAACAGAAUAAUGUUUUCCAGUGCGCAAAGCUGCUGCUGCUCAACAAGCAGGAGAGCUGGGUCAAGCUCAGGGAGUUUGCCCGAAAGAACGCCGCCAAUGUGCUCUCUUUGGCCAACAUGAUCAUGGGUCUAAGUUCCAUCCUCUGCAGUGUAAAUGGUGACCAGAUCUCUGCCUGCUGGCUGGUCCUGAUUGGCUACCUCCUGGACCUGGCUGAUGGAGCCGUUGCUAGGCAACUGAAUGCCUGCUCCGCUGUGGGCGCCAAGCUCGAUGAUUUCGCAGACUUCACUACCUUCGGGAUCGCCACAGCACUGCUCUUGCCAAGGACCAGCUUGCUGGACAGCCUCUUGUGCAUCUUCUAUGUCCUGGCUGUCUUCGUCCGCCUCUGCUUCUUCUCCAGCGGAAUUCCCUUUACGUACCGGGGCUUGCCAUGCAUCUACUCCUCGGCCGUCCUGGCCUGCACCUUCCUGCUGACAGGGGGCAACAUGGUCAUCCUCAGAGUCACUGCUGUGGCCAUGAUCCUCUUCAUGGUAGAUCAAGGCUUUUACCCCCACGACAGAGUGCUGGAGUCCCAGACCUGGAAGAAGAUGGUCUUUGCUGGAGGAGUUUUCAUGGUUUUUUGUGUAUCUUCCUUCCUGACUUGCAUUUACUACCUGCUGUGGUCAGUGUCCUAUAUCCUGUUUCCCACAGCCCUGUGGAGCUCAAAGGUUUAAGGGAAAAGUGACGCUGAGUCUCAGAACUGGUCUCCAGGCCUGCAGAGGGGCUUAACUCAGCUAACUCAACCAGUCUCAAACCUCCUGUUGCAGCCUGGGGGGAACAGAUGACCUCUCUUACUGUAAAGAAGCAACUUGAGACUGUUUUUUUUUGAAGUGAUAAACCUCUUCUUGACCAUGAGAACAAGCAAAAAAAAAAUCAAUCAAACUGUGUUUGUGUUUCCGAAAAAAAUUUAACUUGCUUAAAUUGUUUAAGGGACAGAUCCUUUCAACCCAGUGAAAUGUUAAACUGAUAUUUAUUUUUCAAACUGGGAAGUAGAUUCAUUUCCCUGAAUCUGUCCAUGUUGUGACUCGGCUUUUGUUCUAAUGAAUAAGAAAUCCGGGCUUUGGGAAGUCAAUUGUAAAUAUAUCUUGUUUCUGUUUGGAUCAAAACCUUUUUCAGCCUUUCAUCAGCCUACAACUCUUAAACAAGGUCUUUGAAAGGACUUUCAGAACUUGUAAACUGAACAGAAUUCUCACACAGAUAAGAAAUUUUGCGUUUGAUUGUUUUUAAUAAAGACGAUAUAUUAAUGUAAUAUAGUGAACUGGAAUAUAUAGUCGAAAUAUAUAAAUUGUGAUUUAUUUUCUAAGGGUUAUAUAUUUUAUUAACAGUGAUAAGUAAAGGAUAGAAUUGUUUAGUCUUGUAUUUUUUUGAUGCGCACUUUUGAAAGUGUUGACAGAACUAGCAUGUUAAUUAACAAUGUCGUUCCAGCUCUAUCUCAUCACAGGCAGUCAUAUGUAAAACUGAAUUCAUAGGUAAUGCCAUCCUGAUUCAGCAGAGGAAGGAAGUAACAGUAGGUUCCAAGAUAUGACUAGGAAGAUUCAUAUCUUUUUAACAUAGGAAGAAGCCUGCAGUUCUCUACUUAACGAUGGGAUUUUCCUUGAACACCGAUGUGUACAAUGUGUCUUUCAGCUGUUUCUGCUUCAUUUUCAAUAAUUUCCAGCAUGAACAGUUAUGGGUAUGAAAGCAACUCUCACCAAGUGUUUCAGCAUCUUCAUUCUACUGUAUAUCUUACUUGUAAUGGGUGCCAUGAAGAAAAGUUAAAUUGCUGCUUACAGAGAGAAACGAUCUAAAGGUUUGAUUUUUCUGCCUUAUCAGAUGAAUGCAGAUCGCGCUGUUGGGGUUUAGAUUUCUCUAACUUUUACACUGGUCACUUCAUCACACAAGACUCUUUUACUCUAAAACACGUUGACUGCCGGGACGUGGACUGCUACGUAGUAUUGUCCGGAGUGUCAGGAUUAACAAGGGGAGCUGUGGCAGUAUGGGAGCUGGAAAGCUCCAAGGUUGGAAGGUAAAAAGGAGGAGGAAAUUCCCCAGGAAUCUCAGCAGAGGAGCCGGAGGUGGAAGCCUCCCUGCAGCGUGGGGAGAUGAGCUGGAGAGUGAAAACCAAAGCAAACGAAGGUGAGCUUCUGGAGCUUCAUGAAGAUGACAUCCAAGGAGUACCGAGAAUGGUGGCAAACUGCGACUUCAAUGUUGCAGGUUUCAGCUGAUUAUCAAGUGCUGGGGGAGUGUGCCAACCCAGUCUAAAGAUGAUUUUGGCCUCUGGUGUCGUUCUCGCACAGAAAUCUUUGAAGGAGAAGUUACUGUAAUCAUGUUUGUGGGAGAUGCACUCUCUACUUUGAAACCUUUAUGUUUUUACUAUGUGGAUUUCUGAAAAUAAAACAACAAUAAAGGCAUAUGGUAUUUGCUCCAGAA